UUGUGUCUUUACCGGUCUGCCGCUGUCGUGUUGUGUUUUCAAGCUCGCUCUGUACGGUAAUGUCUGCUCAUUCCGCUGAAGAUCCGUUCCCGUUUCACGGGCUGCUUCCGAAAAAAGAGACCGGUGCUGCCUCUUUCCUCACUAAAUUCCCAGAGUACGAUGGCCGAGGCGUGCUUAUCGCGAUCCUCGACACCGGGGUGGACCCAGGGGCCCCGGGCAUGCAGACCACAACAGAUGGGAAACCCAAGAUUGUGGACAUCAUCGACACGACGGGCAGCGGCGACGUGAACAUGUCCACUGUGGUGGAGGUAAAGGACGGGGUCGUGACCGGACUGACGGGACGCACACUCAAUAUUCCUGAUGCUUGGGUGAAUCCAUCUGGGAAGUAUCACAUUGGAAUAAAGAACGGUUAUGAUUUUUUCCCUAAAGCUCUUAAAGAGAGAAUACAGAAAGAGCGUAAGGAGAAGCUGUGGGAUCCAGCACACAGAGCAGCUCUCGCUGAGGCCAGUCACAGGAUAGAAGAGUUUGACCAGACUCACCCAAACCCAUCACAGAUGGAGAAACUACAGAAGGAGGAACUACAGUGUCACGUGGAGCUGUUAGGAUCCCUGGAGAAGAAGUACAGUGAUCCAGGGCCGGUUUAUGACUGUAUAUCGUGGCACGACGGUGUCACAUGGAGGGCUGUGGUGGACACUUCUGAGACUGGAGACCUGUCAUCCUGCUCUGUCCUGAGCUCAUAUCGAGAGAGACAGGAAUAUGCCACACUGGGAUACGCAGAGAUGCUCAAUUACUCCAUAAACAUCUAUGACGAGGGAAACACUCUGUGUAUUGUCACCAGCGGAGGAGCUCAUGGGACGCACGUCGCUAGCAUCGCAGCGGGUCACUUCCCUGAUGAGCCCGAGCGAAACGGUGUCGCUCCAGGAGCUCAGAUCCUGGCUGUGAAGAUCGGAGACACCCGCCUCAGCACCAUGGAGACGGGCACCGGCCUCAUACGAGCUAUGAUUGAAGUCAUAAACUAUAAGUGUGAUCUUGUGAACUACAGUUACGGGGAGGCGACACACUGGCCGAACUCAGGGAGAAUCUGUGAGAUCAUCACAGAAGCAGUACAGAAGUAUAAUGUGUUGUUUGUCUCGAGUGCUGGGAAUAACGGCCCGUGUCUGUCCACCGUGGGCUGCCCCGGAGGAACCACCAGCAGUGUGAUCGGUGUGGGCGCUUACGUCACUCCCGAUAUGAUGGUGGCCGAAUACUCGCUGAGAGAGAAGCUUCCUCCGAACCAGUACACAUGGUCAUCCCGCGGACCCAGUACGGACGGAGCUCUGGGCGUCAGCAUCAGCGCACCUGGAGGAGCCAUAGCCUCCGUACCGAACUGGACGCUACGUGGCACACAGCUGAUGAACGGCACCUCCAUGUCCUCUCCGAAUGCCUGUGGAGGAAUUGCUCUUGUGCUCUCAGGUCUGAAGCAGAACGACGUUCGGCCCACAGUUCCAGCGGUCCGCAGGGCUCUGGAGAACACGGCUCUGAAAGUGGAGGAUAUAGAGGUGUUUGCGCAGGGCCACGGCAUCAUUCAGGUGGAGCGGGCGUUCGACUACCUCAUGCAGCAUGCAUCGCUGCCUACUAGUAGCCUCGGCUUCACAGUGACCGUAGGAGCACAGCGAGGCAUCUACCUCAGGAACCCGACCCAGGUCACUGCACCAUCUGAUCAUGGGGUCGGCAUCGAGCCUGUGUUUCCUGAGAACACAGAGAACGCGGCCCGUAUCUUGCUGCAGCUGCAUCUGGCUCUCGUCUGCAACGCUGCCUGGGUUCACUGUCCAUCACACCUAGAGCUCAUGAAUCAGUGCCGCCAUGUCAACAUCCGCAUAGACCCGCAGGGCCUGCGAGAGGGUCUGCACUACACUGAGGUGUGUGGAUACGACACGUCCGCUCUCAGCGCCGGUCCUCUCUUCAGAGUUCCUAUAACGGUUAUAAUCCCUGCGAAAGUAGCUGAUAGUCGCAGUCAAGAGAUCACGCUCACAGACGUCCACUUCAGACCAGGACAGAUCCGGCGCCAUUUCAUUACCGUCCCUCAUGGAGCAUCAUGGGCAGAAAUCUCAUUAACGUCUCACUCUGGAGAUGUGUCGUCGAAGUUUGUCCUGCAUGCAGUUCAUCUGGUGAAGCAGCGAGCGUAUCGAGCCAAUGAGUUUUAUAAGUUCUCAUCUCUGCUGGAGAAAGGCUCACUCACGGAGGCUUUUCCUGUGCUGCCAGGACGGACUUUGGAACUCUGUGUUGCUCGCUGGUGGGCGAGUCUCGGUGACGUCACCAUUGAUUAUGUCAUUUCCUUCCAUGGGCUGGUGACGUCACCCUCUCCUCUUCAUAUUCAUGCCUCUGAAGGGAUUUCUAGUUUUGAGGUUUGUUCUCCGUUGAGAUAUGAAGAUGUUUCUCCAACAAUCACGCUAAAGAACUGGGUUCAGCCUCUCAGGCCUGUAAGUGCUAAAAUAAAACCCCUUGGUGCUAGAGAUGUGUUACCAAACAACAGACAGCUCUAUGAGAUCGUUCUCACGUAUAAUUUCCAUCAGCCUAAGAGUGGCGAGGUGACGCCCAGCUGUCCGCUGCUAUGUGAGUUAUUAUACGAAUCUGAGUUUGACAGUCAACUCUGGCUCCUGUUUGACCAGAACAAGAGACUCAUGGGCUCUGGAGACGCCUACCCACACCAGUACUCUCUGAAGCUGGAGAAGGGCGACUACACGGUGCGUCUGCAGGUGCGUCAUGAGCAGCAGAGUGAGCUGGAACGUUUGAAGGACCUGCCGUUCGUCGUGUCUCACCGUCUCUCCAACACGCUCUCGCUGGACAUCUAUGAGACGCACCGCGCUGCCAUGCUGUCCAAGAAGAAGGCCAACUCCAUCACGCUGAGCCCCAGUGCGUCACAGCCCUUCUACAUCACUGCCCUGCCCGACGACAAGAUCCCUAAAGGUGCUGGUCCAGGCGGGUACAUCACUGGCUCUCUGGUUCUGCCCAAGAGUGAGUUCGGCAAAAAAGCACAGGGACAAGCAUCAGCCAAACGACAAGGAAAAUUUAAAAAGGAUAUGGUGCCAGUCUUUUACCACCUGGUUCCUUCUCCCAACAAAAACAAGAAUGGGAAAGAGAAGGAGAAGGAUGCAGAGAAGGAGAAAGACAUGAAGGACGAGUUCACCGAAGCGCUGCGAGACCUGAAGAUCCAGUGGAUGAUCAAGUUGGAUAACAGCUUGUUGUAUGAGGAGCUGAAGGAGGUGUUCCCCACACACCUGCCACUGCAUGUUCAGAGACUCCAUCAGCUGGACUCCGAGAAGGAGCGUUUGAAGCGCCUGCCGGAGAUUGCAGCUGCAGCGGAUACAGUACUGUCACACAUCGACCAGACGGCACUGGCGGUCUACCUCACCAUGAAGACGGACCCGCGGCCAGACGCUGCCUCCAUUAAGAGUGACAUGGAGAAGCAGAAGUUGUCUCUGCUGGAUGCUCUCUGCAGGAAGGGCUGUGCUCUAGCGGAUCAACUGAUGCAGCCAGCAGCACAGGACGGCGCCAGCGCAGGUGAGGUGGGCAGCUCUGAUGACGAGCCGCAGGGCGUGGCCAAAGCGCUGACUGACACCUUCUGGGAGGUGCAGAAGUGGGCGGAGCUCACUGACUCUAAGGUUUUAACAUUUUCCUACAAGCACGCGUUAGUAAACAAAAUGUACGCAAGAGCCUUGAAGUACGCGACUAAGAUCGUCGAGGAGAAACCCAGCAAAGACAAUUGGAAGAACUGCAUACAGCUGAUGCGUUCUCUGGGCUGGAUGCACUGCGUCUCAUACACAGAGAACUGGCUGCCCAUCAUGUACCCGUCUGACUACACCCCCUUCUAACGUCCUGUCGCGUGACACACACACACACACACACACAUAUACAUGCAGUCGUUUGUUUUUAACUGAGGAGACUUUUAAUGCCUUUUGGAAACCAUCAAGAACCAAACACCUCACAUCACAUGGUCCUUCAUGGAUCCCAUAAUGCCUUCCUGUGUGGAUCACAGCACUGAACCAACAGUUCUCAUCCUACAGCUUGAAUCUUAUCGGUGUAUUUCACUUGGAUUUUUCAUCAUACUCCCAUUACGCUUCAGUGUUCGUCUUCUCUUUGGGGAACUUGUAUAAAACCUGCAUUAUGUUGUUCGAAAUGUGAUUACUAGGCAUUUGCUUGGUGGACAUUUUUCCCCUCAACAACAAUAACAGUGUCUUGUCGGUUAAACGUCAGAUGAACUGCUGAAUACAGAUAACGUCAAGGCAAUAUGAUGGACAUCCAGUGGAGUUCUGUGGGUGAAACGUCCAUCUCUGUUUCACCAUAGAAUCAAAGGAAAACUUUUUUUUUUUUUUUGUUUUUUUGUGAUUGACCCUUAUAUAUGUCAAAUGUAUGCAUGUUUUAUAAAGACACAAGGGUCAUGUUCAUGGCUUUCAAUCUCGUGCCGUUCUGAAGAAAGUCUGAGCUUGUGUGAUUGAAAGUCAUCCAAGUUUUCUCUUAUUCUGAGCCUGGACUCAAAAAUUUCUUUCUGAAUUUGUCGUUUUGGUGUAUAAGUGAAAAAGAGAUGGUAACUUCUUUUAGAGUUUAAAUGUGUGAACUUCUCUUUUGUGUCUCGAACGUUCAUUCAGGGUUUAGACAUUGAAAGCGGAUCAUCUCUCCAUUUCCCUUUGUGAAGGGAGACGUUUGAAAGUAAGAAACAAAACCAGCAAUUCAUGCUACAUGUUUUCACUAGUACACCGUGUAAAAGGAACCAUUACCUCCAGAAGAGACGUCAUAUUUCACUUUUCCUCAGAGGGCUUUUGCAUUGGUGGCAUGAUCUUCCUCCAGUUUCUUAAGCUUUCUAUCAUGUGUGUUUGUGGUGUUUGUUGAUGUUCAGGGCUCAGACGUCUUGAACGGCAGGUUCUUCAAAAAUGGCCUUAAAUAUUCACAAUCUUCAAACCCCGUCCACCUCUGCGUUUCUUCAGGAAAUAUCACAUUAUUCUGGAUCAAAAACCCUUGAAUAUCUUCAGAUAUAUUUAUGGAUGUCUUGUAUUUAUAAAGUAUAAAUGAAUACUAGGUAAUGCCAAUAUUUUAAAGUCAUUUUAUUUCACACAUAGAGUAGUAGGUAGGUGUUAUUUUAUAUUCAUUACUCGUGAGACGUUUCAGAAGUAACAGCCGGUUAUUUUGUUAACACCGUAAAUGUGCUGAACAAUGUAUUUGAUGAAGAUUCUGAAUAAAAUUAUCUGGAACUGACAA